AUGAGCGGACCGCUCAAGCACGACCACCAUGUUGGUGAGAGUCGGCACGAUGUACAGCGGGAUGAUAACUCGACAGAGGUCGGUGUCGUCAAGGACCAGCAGACGUUCGCCUACUCUGAGUCAAGGAAGAUUGGUGUCACGGGUGCUGUCUUCCUGAUUCUUAACAAGAUGAUCGGCACGGGAAUCUUCUCAACCCCAUCCGGCAUCUUCCAAUCGACGGGAUCUGUGGGUGUGAGUCUGAUGCUCUGGGUCAUCGGCGGCAUCCUCACCUUCUGCGGUCUAUCCGUCUUCCUCGAGUUCGGCCUCGCGAUCCCCCGCUCUGGAGGCGAGAAGAACUACCUCGAACGUGUCUACAGGCAUCCCAAAUACCUCGCUACCUGCGUGCUCGCAUCGCAGAUGAUCCUGCUCGGAUUUUCCACCGGUAACGCCCUCGCAUUCGGCCGAUACAUUCUUUUCGCUUCUGGAUCUGAGGCUCCGGAUGGCUGGAUCGCUCGCGGCAUCGGUAUUGCAGGCGUGACUUUCGCCGUCGGAAUUCACGCUGUUGCGCCGAAGUGGGGUGUUCGGCUUUUCAACGUCCUGGGCAUCUUCAAGGUUGGAGUCCUGCUCUUCAUCGUCUUCUCCGGAUUUGCUGCACUUGCCGGCCGACGCCGCGUACCCGACCCGCACAACUUUGACAAUGCGUUCCGUAUUGAAGAUGGCGACGGAUACGGCAACGGCGGCGUCUACGGAUACGCAACUGCCUUGCUGCGUAUUGUCUACAGUUACAAGGGAUGGGAGAAUGCCAACUACGUCGUUGGCGAGCUGAAGAACCCUCGCAAGACGCUUGCUAUUGCUGCUCCCCUGGCCGUUGGGGGCGUCACAAUUCUCUAUGUCCUCGCUAACGUGGCCUACUUUGCCGCGAUCCCAAAGACUGAGCUGGCCAAUUCCGACGUGAUCGUCGCGGGUGUGUUCUUCCGUAAUGUCUUUGGGAACAGUGCUGGAGCACGUGCUCUUCCUGCCUUCGUCGCCCUCAGCAACAUCGGCAACGUUCUUGCGGUCAGCUUUGCCCAUGCUCGAGUUAACCAGGAGUUUGGUAAGGAGGGUUUGCUGCCGCUCAGUCGGUUCUGGGCCUCCAACAAGCCUUUCAACGCUCCUGCGGCUUCACUUUUCCUGCAUUGGCUUGUGACGGUGAUCAUUUUGGUCGCACCGCCCGCUUCUUCUGGAGCUUAUGGUCUAAUUGUAGACCUGUACACGUACCCGGGAGCAUGGAUCAACGGGUUUGUCGGAAUCGGUCUUCUCUACUUACAGUGGAACAAGAAGGAGAACUGGAGCUCGCCAUGGCACACGCACGCACCCAUCACCAUCCUCUACAUCUUGGUCAACUUCUUCCUCUGCAUCGUUCCGUUCAUCCCGCCCAAUGGAUCGUGGAACGCAGACGGGUACCCGUACUACGUCUUCCCUAUCGUCGGCGUUGGUGUUAUUCUCCUUGGAGGUGUCUACUGGGUGUGCUGGACCAAGAUUUGGCCUGCUUUUGGCGGUUACAAAAUCGUUGCUGAAAGAUCAUACGACGAGGAUGACAACGAAGUGAUCCGUUAUAAGAAGAUCAGCACGAAGUGGCUGUCUGGCCCUGUGGACUAA